GCACUGUUAUUGCAUCAACAAAAUUGGGCGGGGAAAAAGACAACAAAAUUCGUCUAUGCUUGUUCCUGUUCUCAGUGGUUCAUUCCACUAUUGCAUUCUCCAUGAAUGGAUCAAACCCUCAAAAAUCUUCAAUUUUGGGAAUUAUCAUCACGCCCUGCUAGUGGAUCAGACGACAGAAGAAGAAAACAGGCGGCGGCGACAUAGAUUGGUAAAGACCAUAUUAGAAGAAAGAUGAAAGGGAGGCGGAGAAGAAAAAAGGCAGAACUUUCUUGGAGAGGGAGUGAGGUGGCAUGUACUGCUGUGAGAUGGAAUUUAUUUUAUUUUAUAUGAUCAAAACGACGAUGUUUUAAUCAAUCAAUUUAACAACUCACUGUAAUUUUUGCUAUCAGAGUCGAUUUGGAAGAAAUUUAAUUUCAUGGUAAAAUUAAGAUAAAUCGAAAGUUUGUGUCUUUACAAUCUAAUACUACUAUCUCUUUGUAAAUUUGUAUUAUAUUCUGAUUAUACCCCUCAAUUUUCUUCUGAAUAACGCCAAAAGCCCAUUACCAUCCAUCAAGAAAGAUAUUAUCUAUCUCAAAUUUUUCUUAUCCCUCUGCAACUAUCUGGACUGCAAAUAAACACCCUUUUGAGGCAGAAGCCAUAUCAAAAUAAAAAUUAAUACAAAACAGAUUAUUUGUUUGUCCAAAUUCUUGCACCACCCCACUGAAACAUGGGUUGUUCAUUCAAGCCAUUGCCUGCAGCCUUCACCAACCAACCAAUGCCCACUAAAAUUACCAAGAAACAUUCAAUUUGCUGUUCGUUGAGUGCAAAACCUGCAGCAAAGGAUUUGUACUUCAACCAUGAUGGUUCUGCCACUAAAAAACUAUUGGCAGGGGUUAAUAAGGUUGCAGAGCUGAUUGGAGUGACAAUGGGGCCUAAAGGGAGGAAUGUGGUGUUGCAGAACAAGUAUGGACCACCCAAGAUUGUCAACGACGGCGAAACUGUACUUAAACAGAUUGAGCUGGAUGAUCCUCUAGAAAAUGUUGGAGUGAAACUGGUGAGGCAAGCUGGCGCUAGAACGAACGAUCUUGCUGGUGAUGGUUGCACGACGUCCAUAGUUCUUGCGCGAGGCCUCAUUGCAGAGGGCGUCAAGGUCAUUGCAGCCGGCUUGAAUCCGGUUCAGGUUUCACGAGGGAUUGAGAAAACAGCAAGAGCCCUUGUUUCUGAGCUCAAGUUGAUGUCUAAAGAGGUUGAGGACCAUGAACUUGCACAUGUUGCUGCUGUGAGUGCUGGGAAUGACUACGCUGUCGGAGACAUGAUUGCUGAUGCUCUCCAGCAAGUUGGAAGAGAGGGAGUCGUCACCAUUGAGAAAGGGAACUACGCGGAGAACAAACUAGUGAUAGUCGAGGGGAUGCAGUUUGAUCGCGGGUACAUGUCUCCGUAUUUUGUGACUGAUCGACAGAAGAGGACAGUGGAGUUUCAUGAUUGCAAAUUGCUGUUAGUAGACAAGAAAAUCACACAUCCAAAGGAGAUGUUCAAGAUUCUUGACAAUGCAGUGAAGGAGAAGUACCCGAUUCUCAUAGUUGCAGAGGGGAUCGAGCAGGAAGCUCUGGCUCCGGUGAUCAGGAACAAGCUGAGAGGGGUGCUCAAGGCAGCAGCCAUCAAAGCUCCUGCCUUUGGCGAGCGCAAGAGCCACUGCUUGGACGACCUUGCUGUCUUAACCGGAGGAACCGUGAUCAGAGACGAAAUAGGAUUCACGCUUGAAAAUGCACGCGUAGAUAUGCUGGGAUCUGCUUCAAAAGUCACAAUAACAAAGGAUUCCACCUUGAUAGUCACUGAUGGAGCCACUAAUGAAGCCGUGAAGGAGAGAGUCACACAGCUGCAGAGGCUCGUGGAGAACACUAGUGAAGAAUUUCAAAAGAAGAUUUUGAAGGAACGAAUAGCCCGAUUAUCAGGCAGCAUAGCUCUGCUUCAGGUUGGCGCGCAAACAGUCGUUGAGUUGAAGGACAAACAGCUGAGAGUUGAAGAUGCAGUGAAUGCAACAAAGGCCGCCAUUGAGGAAGGCGUAGUCGUUGGUGGUGGCUGCUGCCUUUUAAGGCUGUCCACAAAGAUUACUAAAAUCAGAGAGCAAUUAGACAAUGAAGAGCAAAAAAUCGGAGCAGACAUUUUCAAGAAAGCUUUGUGUUAUCCUGCAAGACAGAUCGCCAAAAAUGCCGGUGUCAAUGGAAACACUGUCAUCAACAAGAUUCUAUCAUCGGAUGAUGUGAGAUUCGGCUACAACGCUGCAAGCAACACGUACGAAGAUCUCAUGGCUGCCGGCAUCCUAGACCCUUCAAAGGUUGUUAGAUGUUGCUUAGAAAAUGCUGCAUCGGUUGCCAAGACGUUCUUGAUAGCUGAUGCAGUUGUUGUUGAAAUCAAAGAGCCAUUUUCGCCAAGAAUGAUGAGAAAACCAAAACCAAUGCCAACUUCAGGUAAUAAUAUACUAUAUACUACAUUUGGUCUUCGUUGUUAGCAGAUGAUUAGUGCAGUGUUCUGUUUUGUGGUAGGUGUUGGACCGGUUAGCCGGUUCAUGAACAGAGGAUGAGCCCCCCAUGCACUAACACAAGAUUCAUCAAGAUUGUGAUGCUGAAGAACUGACCAUCCAAAUUCGUUAUUUUUCACGAGAAAUUUCUGCAUAUUAAUCACUCUAUGUAUGUAUUAUUGUUCACCAACAAUGUUCAAUCACAUAUUUACAUGGAAUCACCUCAACAUAUUACAUAUUUAUUGUUUUAUAUUUUUAUAUGUGGAAAAAAUAUUCACUACAGAAGCGAGCGACCUAUUUUCUGUGAACUGUUGGACCAGUGUUUGGUUAUUUUGCUAGUCAUGCCUCAUGAAUGAAAGUAGUUUGUUUUCUCAUCCUGUUUUUCUUUUCUUUUGGAUAGAUCUGUUUCUUUUUCGUGUGCUUUGGUUCUUUUUUUUUCUUCCUUUUAAUCCAAAAUUGAGUCCCAAAAUUAUGCCAUUUUCGAGGCGGAUAGAUAACAGUCAACUUGCAUGAUGCAAUUUUCAAGGAGAGUGAAAAUGAUAUACAAUGAUCUGGAAAAUAGGAUAAAGCUGCCUACAACCUACCAUGCUUAUGGAUCUAUGACAAAAGCAUGUAAUUAGGGCUUAUUUUACGAUUAGAUUUUUUUUAUUUAUUUUUUAGAAUACGAUUAGAAUAUAGUAGUAAUUAAAUCAUAAAUAUGAUUUAAUUUAAAAAAAGCUCGAAUUAUUUUUGUGGGGUCGGGAUAUGCACAAGAUUGGGCCGACAGAAACCUAUAUAUAGUUAUUCAGCCCAAGCCCAGACAAAAAUGGGGUCGGCCCAUUUAGAGAGAUGUGUGGCAUGGACAGGCAGCGGUGCAGCUGCCUGAGUAAUAUGUGUCGAUUCGACGCUGCUGCACCACCGAUAGACACACACACACACCGUUGCACGUCUAUAUAUAUAAUAUUGGUUGCAGAAACCCACUCAGAUGUGAAAGCAGAGCCCUCUCAGCUCAUAUUAGGGAUUUUUCGAUUUUAUUAAACAAUAAAAGAGGGAGGGUGAAAAGAAAUGGCGAUGGUGCUGAUGGGAUUGAGCGUGCAAUUCGUUUUGGAUUUCGUGGUAGCGGGUAUUUCCCUAAUCAUUGGGAUGGGAUUAUUCGCUUUCAUCGCUUCAAUUCUAUGCUCCGCCGCUUUCUUUCAAAACGCCAAGGAGAUUAAUUGAUUUGGGUUUCUGCUGCAAUUGAAUAAGGCAGGCUGUAUUUCUCCCUCGUCAUGGUUUAGUUUUGUGGAUGUAGGCCUCUCCUCAAAAUGGAAGAGUUUUUGUGUGUAAAUUAUCACUUGUAUAAAAAUGGACAUCGCCUUAAUGUUAUUACAAAUGGCUCCUCCUAGCAAA